AUAAGUGCACCGCACACCCCGUUGAAGCUGCAAGCAAAAUUAUCCAAGCAAGCGCCGAUAUAUCGGCCCGUCGUCGCGCGAGAAAGUGCGCAUCCAGCGAGAGUGGUCAUCUGCGUGUGUGUGCGAGAGUGUCCGUCGGUCAAAGAUCGCGGUCAGAGAAACGUGGCAUCAGCGGGAGCCACGCACCACCCGGAGGGCCAGACCCCGGAACCAGCAUCCGUGUAAAAGUGGACCACGCGACCACGUUUGGUUUGGUGCCGUGCGGCGGAAGAAUUUGUCAAAGUGGAGCCUUAGUAGUAGUAGUGGAUUGACCGUGUGCGCCACCGUGUGCCUUAUGGAGCAGGAUAUAAUUAAGUGUCCGAACAGUCACGUCUUCUCGUACCUCGCCAACAAGAUGCGGAUAGACAUUGAGAAUCCCCUGCUACAGAGUCACCGCCAGCGCGAAACCACCGGCAUUAAAAAGUUGUACAAUUCGUUUUUCGUUAUGUUCUAACUGACUCGCCGAACCGAAACCCGCCCGCACGCCACCCGCAACCAGUGUGUGUGUGUGUGCGCGUAUGCGCCCGGCCUGAGAAGGGUGCGCUGUGCGCGUUUGUAUGCUCCUCCGUGAUUGUGUUGUGUCCGUCCGGUCCCCAGCUCGUGGGCCAACAGCUCGUCCGCGCCGGCGUCCUUGCGCCUCCAUCGGCAGCCGCAGGACUAGCGUGAACACCACCAUCACCA